UGAUCGUUUGUAUUACUCAUGAUUUGGAGUUAUGGGUUACGACAAACCAACACAUAACUCGAAAUUUUUAAUUUUUUGGUUUAGGCACUGGAUCAACACAAAAUUGAUUGACAGCCACAGGAUAAGCUGAAUCAGCCAUACUGCUGCUGUGAAUGGAACAUCGAAGGUCGAGAUACUUCGUUUGGCUGGAAAAUGAAUAGAAGUCAAUUAUAUGACGCAAUGACUACCUGUUUAAGGCAUGACCAGAUGGUAAUACCUUCCGCUCCUACCAAUACAAGUAUCCAGGAAUACGGAACUCCCGACCAUUUCAUUUUAUAUCCUGUAUUUUAUUCAAUCCACCAAAGGUUUUCUUAAAACAUCACUCCAUGCGAUUCGGAAGAAAACAACCUGAAGUGCCCAUCAUCUUGCCUGCAAAAGAUGCCAAGGUACUUGCACAGUACAAGAGCAGAGUUGAAGUAUUUGACCGCAUGUUUAAAUGCUGCUGCUGUUGGAUCGGCUGGGACAUGCUUCUUGAUUUGAUACCCGUGCUUGGCAAGACUAUCUCGCUGUUCUUUGCCAUUGCUUUGUAUCGCUUGGCAUGUACAGCUAAUAUUUCACAUGAGGUCAAGUCGCAGAUGCGAUGGCACACAACGGUGAAUUUUGUGAUCGGGCUGAUACCCAUAGUUGGCUUAGUGUUUGACAUACUUUACCAGGCAAACGCGAAGAACUUGAGAAUUCUCGAGCAAUUUUUAUAUAAUCGAGCAAGAACCAACUCUGCUCAGCCACUAGAUGCAAGCGUUGCGCCCUCCAAACAUGUUUCGAUAGAACCAACCCUCGUCUGAUCAUGCUGUACUCAUCACCUUAUAUAUGACCAUUUAAUUUUUUUUUUGAAAAGAUAAAAGUACAGGGCUCUAUUCAAUAAAAUUUCCACUGAAAGAUAAACUGAACAUCGGACUCACUGCUGUAUUUCGGUACGCCAUUCCUUUGACUUUGUCUUUGUAUGUUUAAGGAAAACCGACCAACUUCUUUGGUUGUGGCGCUUAACUCGCCGUUCUUUUUGUCAAAAAAAG